AACAAAUCUAGAGAGAGAAAAAUUCUAGAGAGAGAGAGAGAGAGAAAUGGGUUCUCUUCCUCAUAUAGUCGAAGACUGCCUAGGUAUUGUCCAGCUCUUUAGCGACGGCUCCGUUAGCCGCUCCGACGACGUUAAAUUCCCGAUGGAAGUUCAGGACGACGGCUCCGCCGUAUGGAAGGACUGCUUGUUCGACAAGGAACACGACCUCAGCCUCCGCCUCUACAAACCCCGCUCCCCUUCCGCCGCCGCCGCCGCCGCGCUCCCCAUUCUGUACUUUUUCCGCGGCGGCGGCUUCUGCGUUGGCUCCAGGACGUGGCCCAACUGCCACAGCUGCUGCCUCCGCCUCGCUUCGGCGCUGCAAGUUCUUGUCGUGGCGCCGGACUACCGCCUCGCGCCGGAGCACAGGCUGCCCGCCGCCGUGGACGACGCUUUCACCGCCGUGAAGUGGCUCCAGAGCCAGGCUCUGUUGUCCGACGACGGCGGCGCUGAUGAAUGGCUGGCGAAAGGAUCCGUGGACUUCGACAGGGUUUUCGUGGUGGGAGAUUCCUCCGGCGGGAACCUGGCCCAUCAUCUGGCGGUGGAGCUCCGGCGUGGAUCGCCGAGCUUGGCGCCGGUGCGUGUGCGCGGCUACGUGCUCAUGGCUCCGUUUUUUGGCGGCACGGUGAGAACCAAGUCUGAAGCAGAAGGGCCGCCUGAGCAAUUCUUGAACAUAGAGAUUCUCGACAGAUUUUGGAGAUUAGCAGUGCCAGAUGGAAACACAGCGGACCAUCCGUUAGCAAACCCGUUUGGGCCGUUAAGCCCAAAUCUGGAUUCUGCAAAACUUGACCCAAUUUUGGUUCUUGUUGGAGGGAGUGAAGUUAUGAAGGACAGAAUCGAGGAAUAUUCCGUUAAGUUUAAAGAAAUGGGCAAAGAAAUUGAAUAUGUGGUAUUCGAAGCAGAGCAACAUGGUUUUUUCGUCAACCAGCCUUUCUCGCAAGUGGCCAACAAACUUCUCCAAAAAAUAAAUCAAUUUAUGAAUAAAUAGAAAAUGCAAUAUUUAUUAUUUAUUUCUCCUUUUUCUCUUUUCUUUAAUAUAUAUAUAACCUUUAUAUAAGUGAGUCUACUUAAUUAGGGGUGUGGCUUUUAAUUUUAUUUGUUGCAUGUAAUAGCUUUGUUGAUGAGUUGUUUGGAGUUUGUUAAGAAUUAAUCUUGUUUUUGCUAUUUAA